AAAUGUAGGAUUCAAUUGCUGACAAAGCCCUGUUUAUGCUUAUAGCUCGAAGAGUCCUCAUUAUAGUAUAGAAGAACUCAAGACAGAAAAGAUAGGGAACAGCGAAUGAAGACUAUAAAAGAAAAGAAGAAAUGUCCAAGAUUGAGAAAAUCGGCCAAGAAUAGGAGGAUAACCCAGAGGAAGCCAUCUUCAGGGCCUGUUUGUCGGUUAUGCUUUGAAGAACCUGGGGAUCCCGAAAAACUAGGGGAAUUUCUUCAGAAAGACAAUCUCAGCGUGCAUUAUUUCUGUCUUAUCCUAUCUAGCAAGUUGCCUCAGAGAGGCCAGUCCAACAGGGGUUUCCACGGAUUCCUGCCUCAAGACAUCAAAAAGGAAAUAGCCCGAGCUUCUAGGAAGAUAUGCUUUGUGUGCAAGAAAAAGGGAGCUGCCAUCCAGUGCCAGAAGGAUCAAUGCAUCAGAAACUUCCAUCUGCCUUGUGGUCAAGAACAGGGUUGCCUUUCACAAUUUUUUGGAGAGUACAAAUCGUUUUGUGAAAAACAUCGCCCAACACAGGACAUCCAAAAGGGAAAUGGAGGGGAGGAAAGCUGUGUCUUAUGCUGUGAAGACUUAUCCCAAUCACCUAUUCAAAACAUCCAGAGCCCGUGCUGUAGUCAAACAAUCUACCACCGAAAGUGCAUACAGAAAUAUGCCCACACAUCAGCAAAGCAUUUCUUCAAAUGUCCACAGUGUAACAAUCGAGAAGAGUUUCCUCGAGAAAUGCUAAGAAUGGGAAUUCAUAUUCCUGACAGAGAUGCCGCCUGGGAACUGGAGCCAGGGGCUUUCUCGGAAUUAUAUCAGCGCUAUCAGCAUUGUGAUGCCCCCAUGUGUCUGCAUGAGCAAGGAAGAGACAGCUUUGAAGACGAAGGGAGGUGGUGCCUCGUUCUGUGUGCUACAUGUGGAUCCCAUGGAACCCACAGGGAUUGCUCCUUUCUUGGGUCCAGCUCUAAGAAGUGGGAGUGCCAAGAAUGCACACCUUCUGCCAAAGCCACAGACUACACACCUGAAAACUCAUGUGACAUCCCCUGCUGCAGCAACACCUCUGAGGAGCAUUUUUUCAGAGACUCUAGUCUGGAAGACAUUUCUACCCCUUUGUGGAGUGACUGGCCAGGACCUUCCUUAUUAGAUAAACCAGAGUUCUCUGGUGGCAGGAGGAGGCGCUCCUGGAGAUUGAAGAGUCUCAGAAUUACUAAGAACUGCAAAAAACCCAAGUGA